GCGAGACGUUGGGCGUAUGUGUCCGCGCGGAGCGGAAGCGCCGCCUCUUUUUUGACGGUGGCUGAAGGACGUGGUGUUGCUGGUUCGACAUGAAGUUAAACAUUUCUUUCCCAGCCACUGGCUGUCAGAAACUGAUCGAAGUGGAUGAUGAGCGUAAACUGCGUACCUUUUAUGAGAAGCGUAUGGCUACUGAGGUUGCUGCUGACUGCUUGGGGGAUGAGUGGAAGGGGUAUGUUGUGCGGAUAAGCGGUGGCAACGAUAAGCAGGGUUUCCCCAUGAAACAAGGUAUCUUAACUAAUGGCCGUGUGCGUCUGCUACUGAGCAAGGGCCAUUCCUGCUAUCGCCCCAGGAGGACUGGUGAGCGAAAACGCAAAUCUGUCCGUGGAUGCAUUGUUGAUGCCAAUCUCAGUGUCCUGAAUUUGGUUAUCAUUAAGAAAGGUGAGAAGGAUAUCCCUGGGCUAACAGACAAUACAGUACCCCGUCGUCUUGGGCCCAAAAGGGCUAGUAAAAUCCGCAAGCUGUUCAACCUGUCUAAGGAGGAUGAUGUGCGCCAGUACGUUGUACGGAGACCUCUGACCAAGGAAGGUAAAAAACCUAGAACUAAAGCUCCUAAGAUUCAGCGCUUGGUAACUCCUCGGGUUCUGCAGCACAAACGUAGACGCAUUGCCCUGAAGAAACAUCGUACCCAGAAGAACAAGGAGGCUGCAGCAGAAUAUGCCAAACUUCUGGCCAAGAGAAUGAAGGAGGCUAAGGAGAAACGUCAGGAGCAGAUUGCAAAGAGACGACGUCUUUCUUCGCUCAGGGCCUCAACGUCAAAAUCUGAAUCUAGCCAAAAGUAAAAAUGCUGGCUGGAUUGACAAAUUAAAAAGAUUUUGUUGAA